GCGGGGUUAAUUAUGUAAUCACUGAGAGAAAAACCCGCGAAAUGGAUCAAAGAGAAACCGCGAGCAGAGUGUUUACGUUUGAAGAGCAGACAGACAGGCAGGAGAGCCUGUCUGUCUGCAUCCCAGAGGUUCUGGACCCACAGUAUGGGAUGUAUGUGUGGCCGUGUGCCGUGGUGCUGGCUCAGUAUCUGUGGACCCGAAGAGACGAGCUGAGAGACAAGACGGUGCUGGAGCUCGGUGCAGGUGUGAGUCUUCCAGGUGUGCUGGCUGCCCGCUGCGGUGCACAGGUGAUCCUGUCGGACAGCGCCGAGACGCCGCUCUGUCUGGAGAACUGCAGGCGGAGCUGUGAGGCUAACGGCCUCCGUGAUGUGGACGUGCUGGGUCUCACCUGGGGGGAGAUCUCACCUGAGCUCACUCUGCUUCCUGAACUGGACGUCAUCCUGGGAUCGGACGUUUUCUAUGAGCCGCAAGACUUUGAAGACGUCCUCGUGACCGUGGCUUUUCUUCUGAGAAAGAACCCGACCGCUCAGUUCUGGACCACGUACCAGGAGAGAAGCUCUGAUUGGUCCAUCGAAGCGUUGCUCCACAGGUGGAGGCUGAGCUGUGUGGACGUUCACCUGGAAACGUUUGAUGCAGACAAACCUGAGCUGGCUGGAUCGAGUCUGCCCGGCAACCACAGCGUCCUGAUGAUGAUCGUCACACUGAAGACUGAGUGAUCAGACUGAAGCUGAACGCUUUAAUAUUUCUGACAAUAAAUGUUUAAAUGUUU